AUGACGACUCAAUUAGACGAACAUUACAUUCGAACAAAUGUUGAAUGGAGCCAUCUUCCAGCCGACGUUAAACAAAAAUUCGGUUGGAAUACAGAAAAAGAUUAUGAUAAAGCAAUUUUAACAUUUUCAAUAAAACAUCAACUUCGUUAUAGAGGAAAUUUAGUUCGAAAAGUUCAUAAAGAUUCUAGAAAGUAUUAUGAUGAUCUUUUACGUUAUAGUCGUGAACAUUUAAUGCUUUUUCCUUAUCAUUUAUCAGAAAUCUAUGUUAAAGGUUUACGUAUAACAUCGUUUUCAUAUUAUAUUGAUAUGAUAAGUGACUUAAUUCUUCAAGAAAAAUCUUAUGAUACAUUACCAAAUUUUACUGCUGCUGAUUGUCUUCGUUUACUUGGUAUUGGUCGUAAUCAAUAUAUUGAAUUAAUAAAUCAAUCACGUACAAUAUUACAAACGGCAAGAAAAAAAAUGUUUCUUAGUUUAUCAAAUUGGAAAACACCAGCUUCAAUUCGUCAUUUAUUACCAUUACAACCUGUUGAUUCCGUACAUAUUCAACCAUGGUGGGUUAUUAAUUUAGGUUGUGUUACUGAUGAGGAUGUUAAACAAUGUACAAAUGAAGAAAAAUUAAUAAUUGAUUAUCUUAUUGAUGAAAAAUCUUCAAAAUUAGCUGGUGAACUUAAUUAUCAUGCAAUACAUUCACUUUAUCGUAAAGGUUUAGUUUAUUUGGAUGUACCUGUUCAUGAUGAUGAUUAUAUUCAAGUACCCCCAUUAGGUUCAGGAUUUGUUAUGAAUCGUAUUGUUGGAGAUUAUUUUGAAGUAUUACUGUAUAAGUUAUUUGUUUCAACAGAUGAACAUACAAAUGUUGGAGAAUUAUCAAGAAUAUUAACAUUAGAUAUUGAUUUAGUAAAACAAACGAUGUCAAUGUUUUUAAGAUUAGGUUUUGCAAGAAAGAAAAAUUUAGAUAGUGAUCAUGGUAUUAUUCAUACAUCAUGGAAACAUUUUUCUACAGGAGCUAAAUUACAAUCACCACCACCACCAAAAGAAAUAGUAGCAACAACAUCACCAACAAUGGAUAAAAGUUUAUUAGAAUGGAAAACUGAUUUGGAAAUGGAUACAUCGUUGAGUGGAGAUGAUAAUGUAUUCACUAGUACAACAGAUGAACAAAAACCUCUGUUAUCUCCAACUAGUGUUAAUUUACUGGAUAAUCCUUCAACAUCUAUUGCUAGUGUUACAUUAAAACAAAAACGUAUUGGGUUUUUAUUUGAUUCUUCAUUAACAGCAUUUUUAAUGAUGGGUAAUUUAUCACCAAAUUUAAAAACUCAUGCUGUAACAAUGUUUGAAGUUGGUAAAUUAGCUGAUGAAAUACUUGUUUCAUUUUUACAAGAAUUAGAAAAAAUUUCUCCAACAUUUCAAUCAUCAAUCAAAUUAUCUGAUGAUGAUAGUCAAAGUGAAGGUGAAGCUGAUCGUUAUUUUUUACAUGCACGUGUACUUUAUCAAACAAUAUCAUUUUUACGUUUAAAUAAUGAUUUAUUUGAUGAUGAUAUUGGUAGUCUUGGUGUUGAUUUAAUUCGUUAUGAAAGUUUAUCAAGUCUUGAUUCAAAUAUACGUCAACGUUUAAUUGAACGUAAUUAUCAUAUAUUAAUAUCGAUGGCACCUGUUAGUGCAGAAACAGUUUAUUCACCAUUUAAUUCAAUUGAUUAUCUAGGACCAUGUUUACAAGAAAUGAAUAGUGUAUGGAUGAAAUUAUUUAUUUAUAAUUUAACUAAAUCUGGUCCACCAUCAUUACUUUUACCAAAAGGUUACCGUUUAAAUACGUUACCAGAUUGUUUAAAAAUUUUUGAUAAAUUUCUUGUUACAACAUGGAAUCAUGAACCAACAUAUAUAUCAAAUGUUAAUAUUCUAUUAAGUAUUAACGAAGCAUUACUUCAUUCAGCUGUACUUUUACAAGGUUUUUCAUAUGGUAAUAAUAAUUUUAAAGAUGAUAAUCAACAAAUUCGACAUAUACCAUUUCCAUUUGAAUCAAAUGAAAAUCAUCCUGCAUUAGAAAAAUUAUCAUUAGCUAUUGAUCUACAAAGUACAUGUGGUUAUGUUUCAAUAUUAACAUUAUCAUCAACGAAUUCUCAAGAAGUUUUAUUAGAUAUUAGAUUUGGCAUUCCUUUAUUUGAUGAAAAAAUAAGUGAGAUGAUUCGCAAUGGUAUUGUUAAAAAUAAAUUAUGUACAAAAGAGAAAGUACAACAACGAUUAAAAAGUAUUCGAGCUCUUUCAAUAAGUCUCAUAGCAUUUAUUGAACUUUUUCAGCAGCCUGAUUCUUCACCGUGCAAUAUGCCAGUUCAUCAUUCCUCAAAUGGUAUUCGUUCCACUUGUUUACCAAAACGACCAGUUCUUUUCGAUGGUGAAACUCUUAAUAUGAUUGGCUUAUCAUCGAUUUUAUGCCCAUAUGAUCAACAAAUUCUUCAAACAUUUGUUAAUAAUCAUAUUGUUGCUGAACAAAUUGAUUCAUUACUUGUAUGGUGUAAAUAUGCAUUUAAAAAAUCUCAAAUUACUGCUAGUGAUUUAAGAAAUGAACGUGAUGAACAUGGUUGUCCUGUAAAAAUUCCAUUUAUAAAAAAAAAACAACAUGAAGAUGAAUGUAUAUAUCGAUUUGUUUCUUGUCCAAAUGGUUGUCAUCUUAAUAAUAUUCGUCAAAAAGAUAUUUAUAAUCAUCUACAUAUAUGUUCAAAUCGAGAAACAUCUCAAUUAAAUUCAACAAUAAAUACCAAUAAUGAUCAAUUACAUAUACUUCAACAAGAAUUAUUAUUGAAAAUAACACAAAUUGAUUUUCUUAUAAAUACAUGUAAACAACUUACAAAUACAGUUGCUGCAAUGCGAAAUGAAAUUGAUACAUUAAAAAUUAACCAAGAAGCUUUAUGUUCACGAAAUGAUUUAUUAUUAAGUGAAUUAAUGAAAACUAAGCAAACAUCACCUAUACCAACAACUAUAGAUGAACAAGAAUCCUUAAGAAAUCAUGAUAGUGCAGAUGAAAAUGAAUUAUCAACUGUUGUUUUACGUUGCAAUGGAACUUUUACAGGACAUAGUGAUACUGUUUGGUGUUUAUAUGCAUUAGAUGACCUCCUUCUGAGUGGAUCCAGUGAUAAAACAGUUAAAGUUUGGAAUUUACGUGAAACUCCAUAUACAAAUCUAGCAACAUUACAUGGUCAUGAAGAAGGUGUUUUAUCAUUAACUAUUAAAGAACAAACAGUAUUUAGUGGUAGUGUUGAUAAAUCAAUAUUCGUUUGGAAUUUGAAUGACUAUAAACGAACUAAAUCAUUUGUUGCUCAUACAGAUCCCGUGUGUUCAUUAACACAAUAUGAUAAUUAUCUAUACAGUUCUUCGAAUAAAUGUUUGAAAGUAUGGGAUAUAGAAACAUUAGAAUUAAUAAAUGAAAUUCAAACUGAUAGUCGAAAUGGUUGGUUAAGAAUUUUGAUGCCAAAAGAUAAAUGUAUUUAUGCUGGAUGUCGACGUGUAAUUAAAGUUUUUGAUGCAAGAACACAUCAAAUAUCAUUUGAAUUUGAAUUACCAACAAAUGAUUCAAUUUAUAGUUUAGCGCAUUCAGAUACAUUACUUUUUGCUGGUGCAUUAUCUGGUACUAUUUAUAUUUGGGAUAUUCGAGCUAAUCGUUGUUUAGAAACUACUUGUCAACAUGAUGCAACUGUGCAUGGCCUUUGCAUGCUUAGUGCUGAUAAUUUUAAUAAAUCAAAUUUAAUAAGUGCAUCGAGUGAUCAAACGAUUCGUGUAUGGUCUAUGGAUACAUUCGAUCAAGUACAAUAUGAUGAUCGACAUGAAGCGGAAGUAACAGCAUUACAUGCUAAUGCUCGACAUAUUAUGUCAGGUGCUGCUGAUGCUAAAAUAAAAGUUUGGGAUUGUAUUUCAUCUCAUGAUCAUUUUGAAUAA